CAUCACGCUGUUCGAACCCUCACGGCAGCUACCGCGACACGCUGCGCCGUCUAGAACCUUACACAAGGUUCUAGCCGAGCUGGGUAUGGACGUAAACACAACCCCAUCAGCGGCACCUCCUCGACAAACCCUCAACCGGCGGUUUUAGCGGCAGCGGGGUCACGAGCUGCGACCUCAACGUCGACAUCGCAUAUUUGUCCUACACGCCGCCGGCGUCAGCUAUUGCUCGAUUCGGGACUUAAACCAUGGCGAGAAACGCAAAAAUGCCCGUCGCUGCUCGGCCGCUGCUCCAGCGCGUUGAGUCCCUCGCCCUCCAAUCAACUGCCACCUCGCGGACACUCUACGCGGCAUGGAAGGAGUUCCAGGGAGCGACAAAGCUCAAGCCAUGUGCAGCCAUGGCCAUCAUUGCGCUAGACGCCCAAUCCGUCGUCUUCGGUGCCUGCGUAACGUUCAGCCGCGCCCGCACUGACUACUCUCGGUUGGAUACGUCUAACUGGAAGCUAUCCCAGAGCACCUUGCGCGAGGCCUUCGGCUGCCCUUCACUGAUGAGCCGUGACUUCGUCAAAGCACUAGCUAACCUGGCAACUCGAGCUUCGCCCACCGUUUCAUGGCAAGCUGCCUUUACCGCAAUCAAGGCUGCUCAAGAGAAUCGAUUGGGAGGGCGUAUACGCGGAACCUCGCAACAAACAGAGUGGGCUCCUUCCGAUGUCAACCAUGCCGCCAAGUCGCUGGGGUGCCCGCUGGACAAGAAGCGUUCCCUGGAAGAAGGAUCCGCUUUUGAUGCCGACGAUGAAGAAGGCAAUUCUCAGUUUAAGAAACAACGAUACUCUGCCACUCCAUCACUCACCUCAAUUCCAUCAGUGGAGACGGGCCGUCGAGCUCCCCCAACGCCACAGGCCUCCCCUGAGGAGGAGAAUGUGUAUGACGGUAUCUGUGCCACUGCACUACCUCCGCCUGACUCGCCUGUUUCGGAGGUGGACCAGUUCGCCAUACAAUCGGAGCUACGACAUAGCGGAUUCAAGGCUGGCGAUGACGAUGACUCAGCAAUCAAGACAGCCGAUCACCAGCUACCCACAGCUAAGACUCCAGCAGCACAACAUAGCGAUACCAUUCCGAGUCCAGAUGUCGCUCUAUUGGGCCUCACUACCUCGAACGGUCAAGCGCAGUCUCCAUCUUCGCGUCCCGGCUCACCGCUAGCCGACAUUACGGCUUCCUCCAAGCUCCAAUCCGUCAAUGUCCCGAGACGAAAAGCGAAUCGUCCCAGUGCUCUCAGCGCUUCAGAGCAUGAUCCUGUCAAAGAGGCUGCCGCCGCGGACGCGGACGCGGACACCGGUACGCCCGACGUACCGCUGCACAACAAGGAAACUUCCACCACCACUCUGCUGCCCGACGCGGAAGUCAUGGAGACUGGUCAAACGCCCGAGGUACUACCGCACAACAAGGACACCUCUGCCGCCCCUCUGCUGCCCGAUGCGGAAGUCACGGACGCUGGCCAAAUGCCCGAGGUUGCCGGCGAUAGAGAAGCGAAAGAGCUCAGCGAGAAGCCAGACGACCGCGAUAGAGGAGCAGACAAACCCUCCAACGGGCUUGAGGGGGCCCACGACGGUGCCCUCCCCAGCGAAGUGGACGAGGACGUCAUCUUUGUAAAAGCAAACGAGCUAUCACCAGUCGAUUCCAAAACCGCUUUGUCAAUGCCGGACGAAAUCGGAAAGAGCCUCGACGGUACCCGCAACAACGGCCUGCUUACCAGCACAUCCAUUCACCAUAUCCUACGCCUUCUGCUCCCUUCCACCUUCAAGGACUUCGAAGUUCCAAGUCACGAUGAAUUGUUUGACUGGAAGAAGUGGUCACAGAACCCAUUCCGAGAGGCUGAUCCUGAUACAACAUACAUUUGCGUUGUGCAUAUCAGCCCAAGGAAUCACUGGGUGCUGCUCACUAUAUCAUUCAAAACCAGGCAGGUGCGUGAGUACGAUUCAAUGUAUCACCCGAAGAGCAACUUGUGCAUGGUGGGGAAGCACAUCGUGGCUCGGCUGGGCGGGGACUGGGACGACGGCUGGCAAUACCACAGACCCGUCACCCCACAGCAGAAGGAUGGCGCUUCGUGCGGUGUCUUUGCAAUAGUCUGCGCUCUUUUCCGCGCGGCCGACAUGGAGCUCCCUCUCACAUUUGAUGUCCAGCUUUGGCGCCUGGCCCUCAAGAGCAUGAUUGCAAGAGAGGAGUCUACUCGCACACAGAGCCACUCUUUCCUAUUCCAGGGCUCGGAGCUCUUUCGAAAGCUCAACGAGGCUAGAGUGGUCCCCCAAGGCACAGAUAUCAGCGCCCGGUUGGAGUCCGCUACCAAGUUACAUCAACAGUGGAUGGAUCAACUCGUCGAGGCAGGAUCAGUAUUCGACAAGUUGCAUGCGAUGUUCUCCGACCCCGUCGAUACCUUGGCCGCCCAGCUCAAGGUAACAAGGGAAUCUCUUGCUGAGCUGGUUAAAGUCAUUCCUCCCUCCGCGAAGGUCUGCGCUAGGUCCAACGGCACACCUUGCGCCUGCCAUCAUGCUUCCUCAGAAGCAACUAAUCCUGCGGCAGCAGCACAUUCCUUUUACCUCCAGCUUCUGGCGCAGGAAUCAGCUCAUUUCUCAACGCUGAAGGCACAGCAUGAUGUCCUCACCAACGGGGCUGCGAUGAUGUCAAAGGGCAUUGCUCUUGUAAAAAUGUUGAGACAGGACGCUCAGAAGGGCCUGGCGAAGUUAGAGAACGAUCUGGAGGCAUGGCUGACGAAGGCCGAAUCGGACGUAACGGCCGUGAAGAAGUAUCUAAUUGGGAAGUCAGGUCGGACAGGUCAGUCCUGAAGGGUAUUACGAACGAAAGUAGAUGCGCGGACAACGUCAUGCGAUGAGUUUCCGCAUCUUCACAAGUCCAUUAUCAGCUAGAAGUAGUGAAUAAGAUC